AUGUCCUUUGAGAUGUUUUCUUCCAUCUGCAAGCCACGCGUUUCACUCCAGCAACCAUCUGCUGUUUUACCUAAAUCCAGAGAUUUGGCCAAGCCGCGCAAAUAUCUGUCACUCUCCCAGAGUGCUCUCACGAGGUCUUAUCCUUCACUUGGCUCUGCUGAACAGACCAGUAAACAGUAAACCGCCGGGGUUUGGAUGUUCAGUAGCCUACUGAAACGGGCAGGUGGCGAGUUGGAAGUUAGAGGAUUGAGUGCAGGGCAGCAUCAGAGCGGAGAACAGCCAACCUAAAUUAAGCUUACAAUUAUCCUACUAGACCCAAGAGGGAUGUGUCGCUACAGAAGGAAUUAAUGAAGGAGCAAAGCGAUUAAAAACAUUCGGGUCUUGUCUCAAGACAUGCUCGUCGUCUUUCUGAGCACGAUGUUGUGCAGAAGUGAGGAACUGCGAAUCGAGAUUGGAGAGCUAUGACAUCGCUGCCAUGAAUUUAUCGUGAGGGAAGCGACUGCGGGCUUUUGGAAGUGUGACGUCUAAAUGUAUCUUCAACAAACACAGAGCCCAACAUAGAGACCGACCUGAAAACAUUGGUUAUGAGAACUGGCACUAUAAAAGUCCCUUGGAAGGAGGUAAGAUGUUCAUGGAUCUGUGUGGCCAGUGGGGUGCAUGGACAGUCCUGCUGUUGUGGUGCAUAAACCAAUCGGCUGCUGACCUCACCUGCCCUCAGAAAUGCACUUGUUAUCAUGACACUUUGGAGGUAAACUGCUCCUCAAGACACCUGACGGUUGUGCCUGAAGGGUUACCAAGCAAUGCCAAACGCUUAGACCUUUCAAGAAACCAGCUGAAAACACUGGCCAGGCGCCAGUUCUCCAGCCUGUCAAAGCUAGAGGACCUGGACCUGAGUGAGAACACAAUCUCUAUGAUUGAGGUGGAGACAUUUCAGGGGCUAAAGAACCUGCGAUACUUGAAGAUUAAGAACAACCGUCUCAAGAUCCUCCCGGUUGGGGUCUUCUCCGGCCUCUCCAACCUUCUACGUCUAGAUAUCAGCGAGAAUGAGAUCCUGGUUUUUCUGGAUUACACAUUCCGGGACAUGAUUAAUUUACAGCAGCUUGAUGCAGGAGAAAACGACCUGGUGUUUAUCUCGCAACGGGCGUUUGUUGGGCUUCAGGCAUUGAAGGAGCUGAACGUGGACCGGAGCAAUUUGACCUCAAUCCCCACCGAGGCUCUGUCGCAACUUCAGAACUUGACAAAGCUGCGCCUGCGCAAGCUCACCAUAAGUGUGCUGCCCAACAACGCUUUUCGCCGACUGCACCAGCUGCGCACUUUGCAGAUCCUCCACUGGCCUUCUCUCGACACGUUAAAUAGCAACAGCUUGGUUGGUCUGAACCUUACCACCUUAAUUUUAAGCAACUGCAACCUUAGCGCCGUACCUUAUGCUGCACUGCGUCCUCUCACCUACCUGCAGUACCUUGACUUGUCCUACAACCCCAUCACCUCCAUACAGGCCAACCUUCUUGUAGAGCUUCUGCGGCUCCAAGAGUUGCACUUGGUAGGUGGGAACCUGCUACGUAUUGAGCCAGGUGCCUUCAGGGGUCUGGUCCACUUUCGUCUGCUCAAUGUGUCCUCGAAUCGUCUGUCCACAUUGGAAGAAAGCGUCUUCCACUCCGUAGGGAACUUGCAGACACUGAGGCUGGACCGAAACCCACUGGCUUGUGACUGCAGGCUACUUUGGGUCAUGCGACGUCGGCGACGGCUGGAUUUCGAUGGUCGCCAACCCACCUGUUCACCUCCAAAUCGGCACAAGAAGGCAUUUCGUGAUUUUUCAGAGGCUGAUCUCACGGUUGUAUUUACUUGCAGACAAGCGCAGAUUCUGAGCCGCCAGCAGCAGGAUGCGAGUGUGGUGGAGGGCAUGAGUGUACGGUUUGACUGCAGAGCAGACGGCUAUCCAUCGCCUUCUAUUACUUGGCUGUCAGCCCAGCAGACUGCACUGAGCUCUGUCGGGAGAGUACGAGUGCUUGCAAACGGGAGCUUGGAGGUGCGUUACACCCAAGUACAGGACAGUGGAACGUAUCUAUGUACUGCAUCUAAUGCAGCAGGUAACGACAGCAUCUCCGUGAGUCUGCAAGUGGAGGGGCUUCCACAAAACCGCACAGCAUCGUAUUUCUCAGACAAGGGAUGGAUGGAAACUUCAUUACCUCCUUCUACCAACUCCUCCGCACGGGUGUCGAGUCCUUACCCUUUUGAUGCUAAAACACUCAUCAUUGCUACCACCAUGGGCUUUCUUUCUUUCCUCAGCUCUGUGGCGAUCUGUUUUGUGUUUAUGUUCUUUUGGAGUCAGAGCAAGGGUCAGAUAAAACACACUGCCAAUAUAGACUUUGUGCCACGAUCAUCGAUGGGUGGAGGUGGAGAUGGUGGGGACACUGGGAGAUUCACAAUGAAGCUUAUUUGAGCUGGAAUAGAGAAUUCAUGGUCAUGGUCAAAUUAGUGGAGCCUUUAAAACUGUAGUAAAUCUCAAAGUGGAUCAACUGCUCAUACAUAAUGCAGUUAAAGCCUUAUGAUAACAUAACGAGUCUGAUUGACAUCAGUGUAAGUAGGUAACUUAACUCUUUAUAAUAAUAACAUUUUAGUGGAGAAGUAAGAUAGCCACUAUAAUCGGUAAUAAAGUCUGUAAGAUUGCUGAGCAAUGCCACAAUCUGAAGACAAACAACCAACAAAUACGCUUAUAGUCUGAUAGUAGUAAUUCAUUAUACUAUCUAGUAAUACAUUUAAAAAAAUGUAUAAUAAAUACAUUUACAAAGAAAAUAAAUAAUUUUUAUUUAAUAUGAACUAGUAUUAAUAGUAAACUCUAUUUAAAAUAGUUUUAAAAUGCAAUGCAUAAAUAUAGUGUGUAAAGAAAUUAUUUGAAUAAUAGUCCACAAUUAAAUAAUGAAAUAACUGUUGGAUAUUUUUGUGGUGUGCCCUUGAUUUGGUGUGUUACUGCUUGAUUUUUUUAAGGCUCAUGGCUCUUAGUAUAAUGAAUAAAAUCUCUUCCUAUGUGAGGGCUCUGGUACAGAUAGCCUUUAGAGAUAUUCAUUUCACUGCCAAAUUAAACCAGAGCCGGCCGUGCGAUGAUGCAUUUGACAACACCUAUGAUGCAGUUUUAGAUUUUGUAACUUUUUGUUGCACAUAUGCAUAACCCACAGAAUUAUGUGUGUUGCUGUAGAAGUCUUAACCGCCCAUCAACGCCUAUUGUAGUUUGUAGCAUUACAACACAAAAUUAGUAAACUAAUACUUUUUUAAAAGUGAAGGAUUUUAAAUGGAUAAGUUAAUGAUUGAAUGCAUUACUGUAUUAACAUAAAGCGUGUCAUAUUGUACAUUACAGCUGCUAUUCUUAUAGGUUGCAGUAAGAUUACAAACAUUCUGCAGGGUCAUUCAGAAAUGUCUUUUGUGACUCUUUUUGUCUUUAGUUUUUUAACAACAUCAAGUGAUGUGGCUAGGCACAAAUGUCAUGACGACACAUGGUUAUUUACCUAAGAUGCUUUGCAAUUUAUGUAAUGUAUAUAAGAUAUAUUUCCAAAUUUGGAUGUUUUUGCUAAUGCGUUUGUAAGUUAUCAUAUUUUGCUUUGGAUAAUUAAAGACCAUGCAAGUCUGCUUG